GUAAUCCGUAGUGUUUUUCUGUUUAGUGUUAUUUCAGCUCAUUGUGACGGAGGCAUUAUUAGUCAGCAUUAUUUUGCUUAAAUGUCUCGGAAAUAAAAAACUAAAAAACUAUGUCAACGAAGAAAUUGGCCAAAGAGCUUGGCUUGCUGAGGAAGCGCAGCCAGGUUUCAGCUGCACAGAAGAAACCACUGGUCUCCAAUCAGAUUUUUGCAUACCUGAUUGUAAUCGACUUUGAGUCGACUUGCUGGAGAGAAAAAAACAACUAUGGUCAAGAGAUCAUUGAAUUCCCUGCUGUUCUGUUGAACACAUACACCGGGGAGAUCGAUUCUGUGUUUCAUACUUACAUUCAGCCCCAGGAACACCCUACUCUGUCGGAGUUCUGUACAGAAUUGACUGGCAUUACACAGACACAAGUGGAAGCAGGGGUUCCCCUCCACAUCUGUCUCUCUCGGUUCAGCCGCUGGCUUCAAACCCUGCAGCUCCAGAAGGGUGUGAUCUUUCCUAAGGAGCUAAGAACCACUGCACCUUUGACCUCUCAAAAACCAUGUGCCUUCCUCACUUGGUCAGACUGGGACCUUGGCGUCUGCCUGCAUUAUGAGUGUAAACGCAAGCAGCUUCAUAAGCCUGAUGUGCUUAAUAGCUGGAUAGACCUCAGAGCUACUUACCGGCAAUUUUACAAUCGAAAACCCAAAGGUCUGAAUGGCGCCCUACAAGAUCUUGGAAUCCAAUUUUCUGGGUCUAGAUGA